AUGCACGGGAGUGACGCCACACUAGCGACCAAAAGAGAAGUACCAAACCUGAACCACUCAACGGAUCAAACACUCAACGCCUUAAACAAAGCAUUACUGCAAACAGCCGACACAGUCGCUCCAAAACGCAGAGCUCUCAGCCGGAAAAACAACUCGGGCUGGUUUAACGACACUCUCACUCUACUGAAACAGGAUCGCAGAAGAGCUGAAGGAGCCUGGAGGAGGAACCCAUCAAUAGAAAACCAUACAAACCUCCGGUAUCUCGAUGUUCAGAUCCCUGUAUACCUGGAAGCAGAAAAAAGUUUGGAUCUUCAAUACAUAAAUGUUGCUAUGAUUGUGUCUCAUGUCCAGAAGGAGAAAUCUCCAACAUUUCCGGUAGAGUUUGUAUUUGUUAGUAAAUUAUUGUUGGACUGGAUAGAAGACAGUGAAAACUGCAUGAAAUGUCCUGAUGAAGAAUGGCCAAAUGAGAAGAACGAUCGGUGUGUUCCAAGAGUGGUGGAAUUUCUCUCCUACACUGAUGAUCCCAUUGUUGGAGUAUUCUCAGCUGUCUCCAUCCUCUGUUGUCUUCUGACUGGUUUAAUAUUGGGGAUAUUUAUACAUUACCAGGACACCCCCAUUGUUAAAGCCAAUAACCGGAACUUGAGCUAUCUUCUCCUGGUCUCCAUCAUGCUGAGCUUCCUCUGUGUCUUCUUGUUCCUCGGCCAUCCAGUAGAUGUGACCUGCAUGCUGCGUGUCACCUCUUUUGGCGUCAUCUUCUCAGUUGCCGUCUCUUCUCUACUUGCCAAAAGUAUCAUGGUGUGUAUUGCUUUUAAAGCCACCAAACCUGGGAGUCCCUGGAGGAAAUGGAUGGGAACCAAACUGCCCAAUUCUAUCAUUUGUGUCUUCUCAUUUGUUCAAGUCAUAAUCUGUGUCACUUGGUUGUCUAUUUCUCCCCCCUUCCAGGAUCGGGACACUCACUCUUAUCAGGGGAAGAUCAUCAUUCAGUGUAAUGAGGGUUCAGUUAUCGGCUUCUACUCUGUCCUGGGAUAUAUGGGGCUUCUGGCAGCUGUGAGUUUCAUUAUCGCUUUUUUAGCCAGGACAUUACCGGACAGUUUUAAUGAGGCCAAGUACAUCACCUUCAGCAUGCUGGUGUUCUGCAGUGUCUGGAUUGCCAUGAUCCCGGCCUAUCUGAGCACCAGAGGGAAAUACAUGGUGGCUGUGGAGGUUUUUGCUAUAAUGGCCUCAAGUUCUGGACUUCUUGGCUGUAUAUUUUUCCCAAACUGUUACAUAAUUCUGUUCAGACCUGAUCUGAAUACAAAAACAGCUAUCCACUAAUAUGUAUGGAGGAACACUGGGCUACCAGUAAUUAUAGCAUUAUCUCUGUUAUUGUUAAAUCUAAUAUAUUGUUAGUGUAUUGAGAAUAAACACUGCUAUACUGUAUAUGAAUAAAUUCAUACUUACCUUUCUGGUGGACAGUAAGUUUAAUUUUUGCUCUGGACACCACUGGUAUCAGACACUUUAGAUUUGUAGAAAAACCUUGUCCCCCAUUGGGUAUAAUGGUUCCUUCCACCAGCCGUUCCAUCAAUACAGAACAAUGUAGUCACUUAGUGAGGAGGAACCACAGUGACCAGAGGAGGACAAAGUAUCCUAAAGUGUUCGAUACCAGAGACACCCAUCACUCUUCCAGAGAGGGAAGAUUUCACUCACCACCUUCCCGGAAGAUAAAUAUUAAAUAUGUUAUUUUAUAAGCUGAUUGUAAUGUAUUUUUUUUUAUUAUGUCACUUUUAUUAU